CCGUGUUCGAAUAGAGUCUUAAUUUAUUACUUGUUAUUAGACGAGAUUUUACGAAAAAAUUCUUUCUAGGAGAGAACAAACAUUUCUUUUUUUGUUCGAUGCAAAGAGACAGAAGAAUAAAAAGGGAUUCCAUCAUAUUCAUAUAUCAUAUUUAUAGUGAAGUCUUAUCCCCGGAUUUCCACAAAAGAGAAUCCCUAUUCACACUUCCUGUUAGUAGUGAUUGAAUUUCUAUGUUUAGUUUGAUAAUAAAUAAGAUAUUCAAAUCAAAAUAAAGAAUUGUGGAUCGAAUGACUAUUCAUCUAUUGUAUUUUUAUAUAAUAUAGUACAAAUAGGGGGCAAGAAAACUCUAUGGAAAGGUGUUGGUUUAAUUCGACGGUGUUUAAGAAGGAGUUACAACGUGGGUAUGGGAUAAAGAAAUUAAUGGACAAUCUUAGUCCUUUUGAAAAUACCAGUGAAAGUGAAGAUCUGAAUCCAAAAGGUAGGGCUAAAAACAUUCAUAGUUGGAGGGGUCGUGGAAAUUCUAGUUACAGUGAUGUUGGUCGUUUAUUUGGCAUCAAAGACAUUCGGAAUUUCAUCUCUGAUGAGACUUUUUUAGUUAGGGAUAGUAAUGGAGAUAGUUAUUCUAUCUAUUUUGAUAUAGAAAAUCAGAUUUUUGAGAUUGACAGCAAUCAUUCUUUUCUGAAUGAACUACAAAGUUAUUUUUCUAGUUAUCGCAACAUGUAUGAUACUCAAUCUAGUUGGAAUAAUCACAUUACUGGUUGCAUUGACGCUUAUCUUCAGUCUCGAAUCUGUAUUGAUACGCCCAUUCUAAGUGAUCUUCAGUCUCGAAUCUGUAUUGAUACGCCCAUUCUAAGUGAUAGUAGUGACGGUUACAUUUCUAGGUGCGUUUUUAAUAAACGUAAAACUUCUAGUCAAGGCCGGGGGUCCAGUAUACUAACCCGUGCUAAGAGUAGUGAUUUAACUCUAAGAGAAAGGUCUAGUGAUCUCGCUGCAACUCAAAAAUACAGGCAUUUGUGGCUUCAAUGCGAAAAUUGUUAUGCAUUAAAUUAUAAGAAACUUUUGAAAUCACAAAUGAAUGUUUGUGAACAGUGUGGAUACCAUUUGAAAAUUAGUAGUUCAGAAAGAAUCGAAGUUUCGAUUGAUCCCGGGACUUGGGAACCUAUGGAUGAAGACAUGAUCUCCGUGGAUCCCAUUGGAUUUCAUUCGGAGGAGGCGCGUUAUAAAGAUCGGAUUGAUUCUUAUCAAAGAAAGACAGGAUUAACUGAGGCUAUUCAAACAGGCAUAGGUCAACUAAAUGGUAUUCCCGUAGCAAUUGGGGUUAUGGAUUUUCAGUUUAUGGGGGGUAGUAUGGGAUGCGUAGUCGGGGAGAAAAUAACCCGUUUGAUUGAGUACGCUACCAAUCAAUUUCGACCUCUUAUUAUAGUGUGCGCUUCGGGGGGAGCGCGCAUGCAAGAAGGGAGUUUGAGCCUGAUGCAAAUGGCUAAAAUAUCGUCUGCUUUAUAUGAUUAUCAAUCAAAUAAAAAGUUAUUGUAUGUAUCAAUCCUUACAUCUCCUACUACUGGUGGGGUAACAGCCAGUUUUGGUAUGUUGGGAGAUAUUAUUAUUGCCGAACCAAAUUCCUACAUUGCAUUUGCGGGUAAAAGAGUAAUUGAACAAACAUUGAAUAAAACAGUACCCGAAGGUUCACAAGCGGCUGAAUAUUUAUUCCAGAAGGGCUUAUUUGACCUAAUCGUACCGCGUAAUCUUUUGAAAAGUGUUCUGAGUGAGUUAUUUAAGCUCCACGCCUUCUUUCCUUUGAAUUUGUAGAGUGCACCAAGUUCCAUUUUUAUAUUUUAUUUGUAGCAAACAAGUAGUUAGCUUAUCCGAAUCUUAUCGGAAUCAAAGUAACUAAAAGGGGAGUUUUCUUUGGCGACCUAAGAUCUAAUUGUAGAAAGAAUCAAAAUCAAAAGUUGCGGAUAACUCUUUCUUUAUUAAAUUCGAAGACAAGAACAAAACACAAAGAAACGAAGACAAAAAUGAAUUAUCAUAUGGAUCUUUCAUGUAGAUAGAUGAAUAAGUCCGUUUAUUUAGUUAUAUAUUCCAUUCCUUGGACUUAUUCUAUAUACUCACUUAGAUGCUUAAUAUCUCUAAUACAAAAUUUGCAAAUUGAAUUAAUUAAUAAUAACUACGAAUUCAUACUAAUUACAAUUAUUAAUUAUAAUUAGUAUAAAUAUAAAAUAUGAUAUUAAAAAAAAUAAGAACAGGUACAAAUAAUAAACCGAGGUACCCCAUUUUAUGACAACUUUCCACUUUCCCUCUAUUUUUGUGCCUUUAGUAGGCCUAGUAUUUCCGGCAAUUGCAAUGGCUUCUUUAUUUCUUCAUGUUCAAAAAAACAAGAUUGUUUAGAUCUGAGGGGACCCAAUCUCAUUCGUUUUUUUUGAAACUUAUACUUGUAGCAUAACAUAGAUAUUUAUUUCAGAAAAGAAAAUAUAAUAGAACAUGUGAUUUCUGCCAAACAUAAAGGAAAAAGCUGUUAUGCCUGCAGAAAAUGAUCUAUAGCUAACUGAAUUCUAGCCAGUUUCAAAUAGAUCAGGAUCGCUGGAUGCCUAAAAUGUAAAGUUGGUCGAUUUAUAUGUAUAUCAAUAUGUAUAUUGGGAUCAUAUGAAGGGUAUGUUAUUAUUUUAGAUCUAAACAAAUUUGAUGAAUUACCCCUAAAAGUUCCCAUUAAACUAGUGCUAGUUCACACCAAACUAGUGCUAGUUAAUGAAAGUUCAUUCGGAAACAAAAAAAGUAAAGUCAAAAUCAUUUGGGGUAUUCUCUCAAUUUCAAUAAAAUGCAAUCGGAUGAAGUAUGAGUUGGCGAUCAGAACAUAUAUGGAUAGAACUUAUAA